CUUCUCUGGUUUCAGAAAAAGAGGAAAGAACUAUGGCUUUAACCUAAAGCCAUCCUGGCUGCGGACAUAUUGCCAACUGGACUGGCCGACAUUCUCUGGGGUUGACUGGCCCCCCACAGAGGGCUCCUAUAAUCUUAACCUUGCUUAUGCUGUCCGCGGGAUUUGUUAUGAUGUUCAUCCCCACAGGAGCCAUAUGUUGUGACUUGGGUCGACCUAGAAGACCCACCUUCCUGGCUGAGAGAGUGCCAGAAACAGGGCCAAAAGCUGUCAUCUGGCAUCUCCCUUUCCCACUCCCCUUCCUCUUCUUCUCCAAACUCCAAACCCUUGCUUCCCGUCACUCAGCCUUCAAAGAGGCUUUACCCAGUGCUUCAGGAGAUAACCCGAAGGGACGGACUUGUUAUCCGAUCCUCAGAGACCACCUCCUUCUCCCCAGACUCCAGUAGCUCCCUAGGAACCCAAAGCCGCAGGAGACCCUUUGACUAGUCCCCCACAUACCAGAUCAGGAGCCCUCUAUAGAGGAGAACACCAGUCCUCUGAUGCCCCAGUUCCCAUCCUUCUUCUUAGGCAAAUGGCUCCGGCUCCCGGUCCAGAUGGGCAGCCAACACGCCCAACGCUUUUCUACACUCCUUUCUCCACCACGGACCUCUACAACUGGAAAACUCAGAACCCGCCUUUCUCUGAAAACCCCCAGGGCCUAAUUGACUUACUGAGCUCUAUUUUCACCACCCACUUACCUACUUGGGAAGAUUGUCACCAACUCUUGCAGGUUUUACUGACUUCAAGGAAAGGGCCCGAGUGCCCCGGGAAGCCACGAGAGCAGUCCUCGGCCCAGACAGAAUGCCUACCACAGACCUUCACAGAAUUGAGCACGUUUUCCAUUCCGCGCCGCCCCAUUGGGACCCUAACGCGGAUAAUGGUAGGGAGCGUCUACUCCAGUAUCGCCAGAUUCUGUUACAGGGGCUUCGCGCAGCGGCACGAAAGCCCACCGAUCUGACAAAAAUUCAUGACACGGUCCAGGGACCGAAAGAGUCGCCUGCAGCCUUCCUAGAAAGGCUUUACCAGGCUUACCGCUUAUAUUCUCCUAUUGACCCCGAGGCAAUAGAGAACCAAAAAACCAUUAAUAUGGCUUUUGUUUCUCAGUCGGCCCCAGACCUCCAUAAAAAGCUCCAAAAAUUAGAAGGAUUCGAAGGAAAGCUAAUUUCAGAGUUGGUAGAAAUAGCCCAGAGAGUUUUUCAGAGCAGGGACAGCUCUGCCCUUAUGCAAGGGAAGGAAAUAGGGAAAGUCCUCGUAGCAGCCUGGGGAAAACCCCCAGGCAACAGCAAAGGACAGGGAAGGCCUCAACCCUGAGGCCAGAAAAGACCCUGAGCAACAUUGGGAAAAAAUCAAUGUGCUUAUUGUAAGAAAGAAGGACAUUGGAAAGAUAAAUGCCCCAACAAAAAGCCUCCCAUCCUGGUCGCCCAGGAACAAUGACACCACCACAGCUCCCCUCUUUCCCUGAAUCCCCAGGAGCUUGUGGUUACCCUCAACAUAGAAGGGAAAGAAACCAGAUUCCUGGUUGACACUGGGUCUUAAAGAACCCUUAGGACCUGUGAUUAAAGAAAAGGUAUACAUUCCGGGAGCCACAGGACAAACGCAAGGCUACCCGCGGACUCGUGCCCGAAUCACUGACCUAGCUGAAGGGACUAUUACUCAUUCCUUUGUGCUCAUACCUGAUUGCCCAUAUUCCCUUCUGGGGAGAGAUCUGUUGCACAAGCUUAAGGCCCAAAUUUCCUUUACCGGAAAUUCUAUAGACUUGAACCUACCGCCACCUGCCAUUCUAGUUGCCUGCCCUAUAUCAGAGGAAUAUCGACUCUUAGAAAAACCAGAGCAGAAAGCGUCUCCAUUAAUAGAAAAGUGGAAAGAGGCAAUUCCUACACUUUGGGCUGAAACUAAGCCCCCUGGACUAGCCAUUCGACAAGCGCCGCUAGUGAUCCAGCUAGCUGCCACAGCCACCCCCAUCCGGGUGAGGCAAUAUCCCAUCAGCCAGCAAGCGAGGGAGGGAAUUGCCAAACACAUCAACCGCUUGCGAGAAGCUGGGAUCCUAAUGCCAUGCCAUUCCCCCUGGAAUACUCCCUUGCUUCCUGUCCCCAAACCUGGGACUUCAGAAUAUAGGCCGGUACAAGACCUCAGAGAAGUUAACAAAAGGGUGGAGACAAUUCAUCCUACAGUCCCCAACCCCUACACUCUCCUGAGUGAACUCUCACCAAAUUACUGCCUUUACUCCGUCCUGGACUGAAAGGAUGCAUUCUUUGCUUUGCCGAUUGCAAAGGUCAGUCAGCCUAUUUUUGCCUUUGAAUGGACAGACCCAGGUGGAACUUACAAUGGACAGUUAACCUGGACUCGACUGCCCCAAGGGUUUAAGAACUCCCCCCACUCUUUUUGAUGAGGCUCUCCGAAGGGAUUUGGUCCCCUACCGGGAGAGCCACCCAGAUGUUGCGCUGUUGCAAUAUGUAGAUGACUUGCUCCUAGCCGCUGACUCCUUAGAGAACUGCACAAAGGCUACAGAGGACCUGCUAAGGGAAUUAGAUGUCCUGGGAUAUAAAGUUUCCGCAAAGAAGGCGCAAAUUUGCUUGGACUCUGUCAUAUAUUUGGGCUACCAACUGCAUGCAGGCAAGCGAUCGCUGGGGCCAGAAAGAAUCCAAGCUAUCCUCAAACAUUCCUAAACCCACAACUAAAAGGCAGAUCAGGGAGUUCCUAGGAGCUGCUGGGUAUUGCCGCCUCUGGAUACCAGGUUUCGCUGAAAUGGCAAAACCCCUGUACUCCGCCACUGGGGGUGAAGGAACUGAGAUGGUCUGGGGAGAACAAGAAGACAGGGCUUUUGAGCAGAUCAAGAGCGCCCUCACCCAAGCCCCAGCCCUAGCUUUACCUGGUAUUACCAAACCCUUCCAACUAUUUGUGCAUGAGAUCCGGGGAAUUGCUAAAGGGGUCCUUACUCAAACUUUGGGCCCCUGGAAACGACCUGUAGCCUACUUGUCCAAGCGGCUGGACUCUGUUGCCACCGGGUGGCCCAGUUGCCUCAGAGCUGUUGCCGCCACUGGUUAAAGAAGCUUCCAAACUAACGGUUGGGCAAGACCUUCAGAUCAUAGGACCUCACGCAGUAGCAUGCCUGCUGCACUCCCCACCAGACCGAUGGGUCAACGCACGAAUCAUCCAGGAUCAGGUAUUGCUACUAGACCCUCCACGCAUCACUUUGCUGAAGGCAGAGGCUUUAAAUCCAGCCAUGUUGCUACCUGAUGAUGACUCAGAGGCCCCACGCCACGAUUGCUUGGAAACUGUGAGUACUCUUACGGGACUGAGGGGGGGACUUAAGAGAUCAACCUCUGUCAAAGGUGGAUUUCGAGCUGUUCUCUGAUGGCAGCAGUUUUGUCAAAGAUGGGAUCAGAUACGCAGGUGCAGCUGUAGUGACUCAGGACCAGGUUCUCUGGGCCCAAGCCCUUGAGCACGACACUUCUGCCCAAAGAGCAGAGCUGCUGGCGCUAGCCCAGGCCCUCAGAUGGGCAAAGGGAAAAACGGUGAAAAUUUUCACGGAUAGCAGAUAUGCAUUCGCCACCGCCCAUGUUCAUGGAGCUCUAUAUAAGGAAAGAGGACCGUUAACAUCAGGAGGGAAGGAAAUUAAAAAAGAAAUCCUGGCCCUACUGGAAGGAAGCCUUAUGGCUUCCUAAAAAGGUGGCCAUUAUACACUGCAAGAGCCACCAAAAGGCAGACUCGCCCCGAGCGAAAGGAAACGCCUUUGCUGACGCAACGGCAAAGGCCACAGCAGAAAGAGAUGUUCUCCCGAUUAAAAUUUUGCCUCUGCUGCCUCCACGCUUUCUCUCCACGGAACCGUUUUAGACCAAAGAGGAGCUACGCCUGAUAAAAACCUUGAGGGCAGAAAGAGAUGACCAGCAUUGGUAUCACCUCGAGGAUGGACGCAUCUUCAUACCAGAAGCUAUAGGACGGACCUGGCUCCCGCAAGUCCACAGCUCCAUGCAUCUAGGGGCAACCAAGCUGUCUGAACUAGCCCAAAGAGACUAUUUUAUUCCAAACCUUAAUAAAGUCGUACCAAGCCUAGGAGACUGAUGCAAAGCCUGUGCUCAGACUAACCCAUCUCCCAAGUUUAAUUUUUCAGGACAGCGACUACGCAGACAGAUACCCAGAGAAAUAUGGGAACUUGACUUCACUGAGAUGAAACAUGGACCCUAUGGCUAUCAUUAUCUCCUCGUACUGGUGGACACCUUCUCUGGAUGGUUAGAGGCUUUCCCCACUAAAACAGAGUCCGCUCAGAUAGUGGCUAAGAAAUUACUAAAAUGAAUUGGUUCCCCGAUUUGGCGUCCCUGUUGGUUUGGGGUCAGAUAAUGGCCCGGCUUUCAUAGCCCAGAUAUCUAAAAUGUUGGCCAAAAGCUGACAAAUAAAUUGGAAAUUACAUUGUGCCUACCACCCCCAAAGUCCAGGGCAGGUAGAAAGAAUGAAUAGAACUCUAAAAGAAACCUUGACUAAAUUAAUUCCAGAAACUGGCGAAAACUGGGUAGGCCUCCUUCCUUUUGCCCUCCUCAGAGUACGCUGUAUACCUUACGUAAGAGGCAUUCCCCCCUUUGAAAUCCUAUUUGGAAGACCACCUCUCUUGCUUCCAAAACUGGGAGAUGAACAAUGGGCGGAAAUCUCAAACCAACAUCUCCUUAAGUCCUUGCAGGCUCUACAAAGUACAUUUCCAGCCAUCCGUAACCUAGUAAAAGAAAGCCGGAAGGAACCGCCCUCUGCAGUCGAACCAUCAGACCAAGGACUCGGACCUGGAGAUUGGAUCUGGAUGCAACGUCACACCUCCCCAAAUUUAGAGGCACGCUGGGUUGGGCCCUAUCCGAUCAUCCUGUCCACCCCAUCCGCUGUGAAAGUUGCCGGCCGGAGCCACUGGGUCCAUCGCUCUCAAAUUAAAGCGGCACACCCCGACCACAUUCCUCUACAGUGGACUGUCAAACGGACCGAAAAUCCUUUGAAGGUCCGGCUGGUAAAAGAAUCCGCUGGCUGAGAACGCCACCAACACCACCCAGGAUGAGCAGCGGGAGUGGCUGAGCUGUGACCGCCAGGAAGAGAUGCUCAACCUGGGCUUCACCAUCGGCUCCUUCGUGCUCAGCGCCACGACCCUGCCGCUGGGGAUCCUCAUGGACCGCUUUGGCCCCCGGCCCACGCGGCUGGUUGGCAGUGCCAGCUUCGCCGCGUCCUGCGCCCUCAUGGCCCUGGCCUCUCGGGACACCAGAGUUCUGUCUCCGUUGAUAUUCCUGGCGCUGUCCCUGAAUGGCUUUGGUGGCAUCUGCUUAACGUUCUCUUCACUCACGCUGCCCAACAUGUUUGGGAACCUGCGGUCUACGUUCAUGGCCCUCAUGAUCGGCUCCUACGCCUCUUCUGCCAUCACGUUCCCAGGAAUCAAGCUGAUCUAUGACGCUGGCGUGUCCUUCGUGGUCAUCAUGUUCACGUGGUCGGGCCUGGCCUGCCUCAUCUUUCUGAACUGUGCCCUCAACUGGCCCAGUGAAGCCUUUCCUGCUCCCGAGGAAGUCAACUACACGAAGAAGAUCAAGCUCAGCGGACUGGCCCUCGAUCACAAGGUGACAGGUGACCGCUUCUACACCCAUGUGACCAUUGUGGGCCAGCGGCUGAGCCAGAAGGCCCCCAGCCUGGAGGACGGGGCUGAAGUCUUCAUCUCAUCCCAGGAUGUUCGUGGCAUCUCAGAAAGCCCUCCUGAGAAGUCUGUCCCCUUCCGCCAGAGCCUCUGUUCCCCCAUUUUCCUGUGGAGCCUUCUCACCAUGGGCAUGACCCAGCUGAGGGUCAUCUUCUACAUGGCCGCCAUGAACAAGAUGCUGGAGUACCUCGUGACUGGUGGUCAGGAGCAUGAGACGGACAUCCUGAGAAAAAGGGCGGCAGAGACAGUUGGGUUCUACUCCUCCAUCUUUGGGGCCAUGCAGCUGUUGUGCCUUCUGACCUGCCCCCUCAUUGGCUACAUCAUGGACUGGCGGAUCAAGGACUGUGUGGACGCCCCCACUGAGGGCAGUGCCCUCGGAAACGCCAGGGAUGGGGUCGCCACCAGGUCGGCCAGACCGCGCCACCGCAAGAUCCAGAAGAUCACCAAUGCCAUCAACGCCUUCACCCUGACCAACUUUCUGCUGGUGGGGUUUGGUGUCACCUGCCUCGUCAAUAGCUUACACCUCCAGUACGUGACCUUUAUCCUGCACACCGUGGUUCGAGGUUUCUUCCACUCAGCCUGUGGGAGCCUCUACGCUGCAGUGUUCCCGUCCAACCACUUUGGGACGCUGACGGGUCUGCAGUCCCUCAUCAGUGCUGUGUUUGCCCUGCUCCAGCAGCCGCUUUUCAUGGCCAUGGUGGGACCCUUGAAAGGAGAGCCCUUCUGGGUGAAUCUGGGCCUCCUGUUAUUCUCACUCCUGGGAUUCCUGCUGCCUUCUUACCUCUUCUACUACCGUGCCCAGCUCCAGAGGGAGUACGCCACCGACUGGGAGGGCCCAAAGAAGGUGCUUGGAAGCUCCGAGGUGACUGCCUAGACCCCUGCAGCCAAGGGACCCGGAUGACAGGCCAAGGCCUGAGCUACCAAAGGGAAUGCCUUGCCGGAGUCCGGCUCCAGCAGGUCCAGGGGUUCCCGAAGGAUGAAUGGCGUUGGCGAAAAAGUGAAAAUAAAACAAAACUAGAAUAAAAAACUAAAAUAAAAACGGACACAGACAACAGCAGUGUGUUGAACUGGCCGAUUUAUUGUAGCAGACGUGGCACGAUAUGUGCUAGUGAUUUCCUUGGAGCAUUCGUCAUCUA